AUGUCAAAAAGAAGUAUUUUUAUUAAAGUGUCUGUCAUUGUUUUUGUUUUUUUCGUUUUUCUUGUUUUUUUUCACCAUAGAAAGCCAAAGAUAAAGGUACCUUUUGUUCCUACAAAAGAAGAUAUUUUUGAUAUUGGAACUCCCUUUUUUUUGGAAGAAAAGACGCCAUUUAGAUGUUUUAGAAUAGGGGAAUGUAGCUUAUGCCCAGAAAAUAUCACGAUACCACCAUGUGAUAAAAAUCCUCGAUAUCGAUUAAAUAUACAUUGUAAAUAUGAUGAAACAGAAGAAGAUCAAUCAAAGUUACCGCCUCUUCCUUCAUGGGUGUCUUGUUUUCCGGCCAAAAAUCUUGAAAAGGUGCAUUUUUUUAUAGUACAAGUAUUUUUUGCAGUUACGAGCUUUAUAUCAGUAUCAUUUAUAGUUUGGAGACGAUAUAUAAGGCACGAAUAG